UAACUGUCGUUGACAGAUCGUUACUCGAAAUAUGUGUUUUUCGUGUAAAACCUGUGAAUCCUAAAGCUGUAUUAUCUUCGAAGCUAUUGUGAGACUAUAAGCUUAGCAAUAAUCGAAAGUUCUUAUUGCACUUAUGAUUUAAAAGAUUACAAUGUUACUAAAAAGUUAAAAAUAUGUGCUUUAGGUGUAUCGUAUCAGCAAUAAAGUCCUGCGAUAUUCAGAAUGUAUUUUUCAGUCUCACUCUAACUUUUACGCUUUAUAAUGGAAGUCAUGCUUUUUUAAAUAUUUUUCAAUACAUUCUUUAGAUUAGAUAUACCUACUUAUAAAUAUGUAAAUAUGGAUACACCAUCUGAGAACUGGGACCCAGCACUUACCCGUCUAUUGAGCUCACUGAAGGAAGUCCAAUCAGGUGGUGAAGAUGUAGCUUUUCUGAGUGAACUUCUACAGUCAAAGCAGCUUCAUGCAUUAGUUCAAGUCCACAACAAGAUUGCAGCAAAAGGAAAGGAUGAUAAAUUCUUCCCACUACUGUCAAAUGCUAUGCAAGUCACGCUUGAAGUUCUGGAUUUAUUGGGCAAUGUGUUAUCUGUCUCCAAAGAAUAUCAAGAGCUCCUGAGUCUAUUACAGAAACCACACUUCCAGGCAAUUUUAUGCACACAUGAUGCUGUGGCACAGAAAGACUAUUACCCCCACCUGCCUGAUGUGCCAUCUGAUGCAGAUGAAGAAGAAGAAACGGUCAAAAUUGUUCAGCUAGUCAAGAGUGAUGAACCACUGGGUGGAGCCCAGAGUGCCGAGCCAAUUGUGGGCGCGACCAUCAAGACGGACGAGGAGACGGGGAAGAUCGUGAUAGCGCGUGUGAUGCACGGCGGCGCGGCGGACCGCUCGGGGCUCAUCCACGCCGGCGACGAGGUCAUCGAGGUCAACGGCAUCACCGUGGAGAACAAGACGCCCGCCGACGUGCUCGCCAUUCUGCAAAGCUCCGAAGGCACGAUAACUUUCAAACUUGUACCGUCCUUCGGCAAGGGUGGUUCGCGCGAGAGCAAAGUGAGAGUACGGGCCCUGUUCAACUACAGUUCGGCCGAAGACCCCUAUAUUCCUUGCAAGGAAGCGGGGCUCAACUUCAAGAAAGGUGAUGUUUUGCACAUCGUAUCACAGGAUGACGCGUACUGGUGGCAAGCGCGUCGGGAGGGGGAGCGGAUCAUGAGAGCCGGGCUAAUACCAUCGAGGGCUUUGCAGGAAGGUCGGAUCAUCCAUGAAAGGCAAACCGACCCACAGACAAUGGAAGGAAAGCCGGCGCUGUGCAGCCCGACAGGCGGAGCCGGGGACUGCGCGCCUCAGACGCCGUGCUCGCCCUCGCCGACCGGCACCGCGCUGCUGCCCUGCAAGUCCGUGCCCAAAGUCAGGAAGGUCAUAUACGACAUCACGGAGAACGAUGACUUCGACCGCGAGGUGAUACCGACAUACGAGGAGGUGGCGCGGCUGUACCCGCGGCCGGGGCUGGUGCGGCCGCUGGUGCUGGUGGGCGCGCCGGGCGUCGGCCGCAACGAGCUCCGCCGGAGGCUCAUCGCCACCGACCCCGACAAGUUCGUCACUCCCGUGCCGUACACAUCCAGACCGCCAAAGCCAAGCGAGCAGAACGGCAAAGAGUACAUGUUCGUGACGCGAGAAGCCAUGGAGAAGGACAUCGCGGAGGGCAAGUUCAUCGAGCACGGCGAGUACAAGGGCAACCUGUACGGCACCACCGCGGAGAGCGUCGAAACCAUCAUCAACUCAGGUCGCGUGUGCGUGCUGAGCCCGCACUGGCAGGCGCUGAAGAUGCUGCGCACGGCGCGGCUGCGGCCCUACAUCGUGUUCGUGCGGCCGCCGCCGCUCGAGCGCCUCGCCGCCACGCGCGCCGCGCACCACGCGCGCUCCACCUUCGACAAGGAGAGCUCCCGUGCCUUCACGGAGGAAGAGUUCGCCGACAUCAUCCGGUCGUCGAACCGCAUCAACUUCCUGUACGGCUACAUGUUCGACGAGGAGAUCGUGAACGAGGAGCUGGCCGGCGCGCUCGCGCAGCUGCUGAAGGCGGCCUGGCGCGUGCAGUCCGAGCCGCUCUGGGUGCCCGCCUCCUGGGUGCAAUAGACACUGCACAGUGCACACAAAUACCAAUAAAAGGCUAUCCUAAUGUUUCGCUCACGAAAAUGCUCCAGCGAAUGCCUUCAUGCAUCUGUAAUAAUACUAUUGUGAAAAUUGGCUAUGUGCGAAGUUGGUGGUGAGGGAAAUACAAGCGACGCCAACGUACAACGCCGUGAAAUUAUGAACUUUUGUAGGACGACAUCUUACUACUAGUAUGUCAAAUAACCGAUAUGUAUGUCCCACACCCACUAGGGCGGCACCACAGUCAAGCACGGAGCGAAUACGCUUGUAGUGGUUUUCAUGGUCAUCUAACAAUAACAAUGCCCAGUACACAUACACUCGAUCAACACAACUGUGCAAAUGACCGCUGACGAGCGUAGAGAGCACAACUCGACCACUUUCAAAUUACUGUUCACUAUUUCAAGGCUACUGACCAAUAUGCGGCCUUUCUUCUCGAAGAUGUAAUUAGAUUUAUUUUUUUCUUGUUAUAAUAACAUUUACAAAAUAUUUGUUAUUUAAACAUAUUAGCAGGAAUUAACAGAUUAUUUCUACUAAUAUGUAACAUGGGUUAGGUAUCUCUGCAGUGCUCUAUGUGCUAUUAGUUAAAGUGAGCACUUGUUAGAAUGAAUGAAACCUUCAUUUCCUAAAGUCACGUCAGCAGCGAUUUGGCAAUUACAGACUAGAAGCGUGCCAUAAACGGCGAAAUUUAAAAUAAAUAGGUAAAUGGAGGUGUUGCGGACGUUAUGGUGGACGCUGUCGGGUAGAUUCCCAUACAAAAUAAAUCACGUAGUUCAUUUAGACGUAUUUGCAAAAUGUCAUGUUAAGUAUCAAUCACUGUUUUAUUUUAAUAAUCUUAUUUUGCGCAAAGGUAGACAAAACAGUAACAUGACCGCUAAAAAUGGCAAUGAAAUUUAAAAAAAAAACACGUUUGGCAACUAGGUAUGUCAACCGCAAACAUAUUUGUACGUUAAUUGGCCCAGGACCAAAAAUAUUCAAAGCAUCGUGUCAUAUCACUUGCAAAAUGGCGGCACUGACAUUAUUACACGAAAGUGACAUUAUUAAAACAUUUUAAAGUAAAAUUGAUUUUAUUAUUUUUAUUGCCGCUGGUUACAGUCCUUGUAACACUAAACCAAAGAUAUUACCUAUUUGCUUUAAGUCUCUUUCGGUUCCAUUGAUACAACUAGGGCAUGCAUUAACGCAUUACCGGUCCCGGUACCAAGAAUUUCAUUUCUCUGUUCUGGGCAUGUCCGGUGCCGGGAUUGCCGGUUCUCUUACGGUAUCUUAUAAAAGUUAUAAAUAUUGUCCAUAAAUUGUUUUUGUGGGUGAACAAUCUUCGUGAAUGACUUAUAUUUAACCGUCUUUAAAAUUCCAAAAGGCGAAGGUUCCCAAUUGAGUCGUAUGUUUGUUACCGGAGAACUCCGUCAAAUCUCAACCAAUUCGAUUUUUAUUAAAGUUUAUUAAAUACUUUUUUCGAAAUCUAGUUAUGAUGAUGGGUUCAGUGAGGAAUCGAGGGAACUCCUCAAAUCUUUUAGGUAUAUUGUAUAUAUAUAUAUACUGCAAAAGAAAAUAUCGUUUUAACGUUUUUACGUGAAAAGCACAAUGUGAAAACAGGUUUCAUACCUCAUUUGCCAAAUUUAAAUAUCAGAUAGUUUAUCGUUAACAUAUUUUCUGAUUUCCUAAAAAAUCUUCUGCCCGCGGAUAAUUUUAUUUUAUACUUUUUAAAAUUAAUUUGGAUAAUUCUUGAAGAUUAUACCCGUUUCAAUAUUUUUAUUAUAAUGAGUAUAAAUCUUAAGCACUUUUCAAUAUUAAUUUUAAACAUCCGGGGGCACUAUAUUUUUUGGUAAUGAUAGAAAAUUCCCAAGCUAUCUUAAAUUUUACACAACCUGUAGUUUUCACAAAACAUCCUCAUCAAUCAUCCAUAUAUUAUAUUAAUAACAGUGAAAGUUGUUAUUAAGGCUUAUAAAACAUCAAUAAAUAGUCAAUUGUAUCACAUAUUUCAAUAAACAUUAAAUCAGUGUUCUGUGAUGAUCAAAAUUAUUAGUGACCUCUAUUUUCUUAUGAGUAGUAUGUAUAGUGAUUGUUUAUAUUUUUAACCGACGAAAAAAACGGAGUAGGUUCUCAAGUCGACGCGUAUAAUUUUUUUUUUAUGUAUGACCACGCAUAACUUUUUACAGAGUAGUUCAAUUUUGAUAAUUAUUUUUUUAUUGGAAAGCGUAUACCCCGAAGUUGGUCCCAUAUAAAUUUGGAAAAAAAAAAUCCAACCUUAAGGGUAGGAAAAUAGGGGAUGAUUGAUUUUUAACUCACCGAUUGUAACGUAUGAUCACGCAUAACUUUUUACAGAGUAGUUCGAUUUUUUGAUAACUCUUUUUUUAUUGGAUAGGGUAUACUUCCAAGUUGGUCCCAUAAAAAUUUGGAUUUUUUUUUUACCCUACGGGUGGGAAAAUAGGGGUAAUUUAUUGUUCACUCACAGAUUUUAAAGCUGAGUUUUUACAAACUAAUUAUUCGUGAGGUUUUUUUGUAGUUUAAGCAUGUAAUAAUUUUUUUAAAUUAUAGCCACACAAAAUUAUAAAAUAAAAACUUUGAAAAAAAAAUUUAACCGCCGAAAAAAAACUAAAAGGCAAUAAAAAACCGGCACUAACACGAAACAAAUCGACUAACAAAAAAAACAAUAGCGCACUGAAAAGAAAAAAAAUAUAAUUUCGUCUUCAAUAACGCAAGGAAAUACCUACCCUACAAUUAAAAAUUUUUGUUAAAAAGUUUUUCACAACACAACAGUGACAGUGUCAGUGAAGUUUAUACAGUGACAUUUGAUAAAUGGAACCGCUUAUAAAGGCCAGAACGUAACACCUCAUCUCGAACAUAUUUUCUGAUUCACAAGAAAGUUGAAACCUCGACAGCCAGAACUAUGCUUCCUAGCGGUGACAGAUUGAUCGUUGGUUUCUCGUAAGUACGUGUAGUACAUUUUUUUAAUUAGCAUACAAUUUCGUACAUGUCUCGUAAAUUUUUUGAUGUGAGUUUGAAUUCCGUACGAUACCACGACACUAGAAACACUCGAUAGUUCCAUUGAUCCAUGAAAGAACAAAUGAAGACACGAAAAGUCAUGGACGCAAUAUAGGUUCGAGUAUAAGAUUAUAUUUGGCUAUACAUAUGGCAAUAAUGUACUUACGCCAUGUACAGUCAAAUAAAAUGUUAGUACCGGUCAUGUUUACGAUUAAUUACAAAAUAAUGUUUAUCGGAAUGCUACGCAAUCAUUCGCCAUUUUAUAAAUAAUUUUCUUGCAUCUUUGCAAAUAUUUUUUGCAGAUUUUGUGGUAAUAUUGUUUAUAAUUGCGAAACCUUUCCUUCUUGUUUACAUCGGUAAUGACAUGUAAAAGUAAAGCUGGCUCUGCUUUCAUUGUAAUGUUUUUGCAUCAUACCAUCUCAGUUUCAGUAUAAUAACAAGACUUUUCAACCUUAACGAAUUUAUCUUUCUGCUUCAAAUUUUUUUUAACGUAUGUUAUUUAGUCAGGAUAGGGAUUUUUAUAAGUGAAUUGUAUGUAUGCAUGUGUCUGUGUACUUACGUCGGUACACUGAUGAUUUGAUGAAUGUUUGCUUUUCCUUGUCCCUUGUACCUACCGAUGGUCUGUAUUAGUGCUUGUUUGUUUAUGUGUGCGUUGUGUAAAUAUAGGUGAAUGAUAUUGCCGGAUCAAGUCUUAUAGAUCUAUCUUCUAUUAUAGUAGUUUGUUGGCCGGUCAUCGCUUGUUAUACAACUUGAGUCAGCUCAUAGAAUAGGAUCUUAGUUAUAGAACACCUGUCAGAGUAUGAUCACUGAUCAUGUUACGACUCUUGUCCAGCCGUAUGAAUUUUAAAGUCUGUGCAAUGCAUUUUUUAAAAUAAAUAAUAACAAUCUAGGAUAAAAUAAUUACAUUUUAUAAACCCUUUUAAUAAAGUUAAUAUAAUAUUAGGUCGGCGUCUUAAAUUUUAUUAUAUUAUUUUAUAGUUUUUACUAUACCAAAGUUGUCAUGUUACCAUUGUGACCUGAAUAGUUAUAGAUUAAUGUGUAUUAUAAAGAUCCACAAUGUAAUUAAUCAAAGUCGAAAUCAAUCGUUGACAAUACAGAAGCAAGCCAACAGGCUGUAACUAAUUGUUAUCAUUUCAUAUUGGUUUUCAACGAUAUUUAUUUAGACCAGAAACAGAAUUUUAGCGAAACGCUUUAAAGUUUGUCAUUUAAAUAAAUGACUUUACGUUCUGACAUAAAGUUCAUAUUCUAUUGACAGUUUUUUGUGGAUUGGAUCCUUUUCCCUAAAGGACGUCCUUUUGUUUGUGCUGCUUAGGUUAGUACAAACCCAUGCAACCUCUAGGCAGAUAAAAUGUUUUUCUCGUAAUUAGCUGUAGAUAUUUUGUAUGUUUUUCGUGUUUGAACUUGGGUCUCUUAUUCAUAGAUGCAUGUAUACUGACUAUAUUGUAUAUGGCGCCAUAUUAGCCCUGUUGUUAUUAUCUGUUAUUAUACCUGAGGGCAAAAUUUAUAUCUAGUGUAAUUUUACUUAGAGGUUUUUUUGGAAUAAUUUUAUUAAAACUGAUUAUGCGUGUGUUUUUUUUUUACAUUUAGUGAUUAAAAAUAAUACGUAAAGCGCCAUGGUAUUCCAAAAAAUAUUUAUACACUUAAAAAAAGCCUUUACUGCCUUGCAUCGAGGGAGAAAAUUCAGUUUAUGUCCCUCCAAUUUUCAUUUUUAGGUUUGUAUUUCAAUAAGAAGAAACUCUCCUUUAUCCAUUUUUUCAAAAACGUGUAAAGGUAUUGAGUUGAAAUUAACAUUUAAACGAUCGGAGCUGUCAAAAAUUCAUACCUCGGAUUUUUUAAGUUACUUUACACAACUUAUGUGUACGAAAACUCCACGUUAAGGUUAUUAUGUAAUACUUUCGUAUCAAUUGGGGCGCUAGAAUAUUGUAAUGUAAAGAUACCACUGGUGAUAUUAUUUGGAUUAGUCCUGUAACAAAUACAAAAUAGCCAGGGCAUUUAGCUACUCGCUAUGUAUCAUAUAUGUAAACUCAUUAAGCCUUAAAUGCAUACCAUCCUACGUAACAAAAACAUAUAUCAUUUUAUACAUAAUUAGACAAAAUCUAUUUGUUUCAAUAGUAACCCUAAUCCAUUUUCCGAUUUUUUUAUUAAUUUACGCCGUAUUUUGUUUUUAGACGAAAUGUCGGAAAUUGCUCACUACAUUUUAUAAAACAUAGCCCCCCGCUGCGUCUGUCUGUUUGUAUGUUAACGAUAAACUCAAAAACUAUGAACGAAUUUUUAUCUUUCUUUAUCUUAAAAGGUGUUAUGUAACACGUGCGAAGCCUAGUUAUACAUAUAUUACUACUUGGGCGCCUGUUUGAUAAAAAGGAGAGGAGUGUAUCGAACAUUCCUUGAAUUUCAUUCUAUUAUUGUAUUCAGAUUGUACCCAGAAGUUGAUUAUAUUUAGUAUGUGAUUUCGGGCGAUUUUUCCCAGGGUUUGUAAUUAUUUUAUAUUUGAAAACUUUAUCAUAGAUUUCCAUAUAUCUCUUUAUAAAAAUGAUAUAUUUACAUAAAUAUGAUUUAGCCUCUGCAACUUAAAAAUCGAUGAUAUAUUUUUUCAUUAUUUUUCCCAGGUUACGUGACACCACAUAAAUAUAUUCAUUUCGGACAAAAAAAAAAAAAAAUGCAUUUAAGGGUUAAAAUGAUCAAAGUAAAAAUUGGGCACCUUAUACUAGAUAGGCACAUAUCUAUGUAUGUUAAGGGAGCAUCAUUUAAGACUGCGUCGUCCGUUCAAUGGCGCCCUCAUUAGCGGAAUUAUGUUUUCUAAUAAACCAAUCCAUUUUUGUAUAAUCCAGUAUAUUAAUGUUACAAUACUCAUUCCACAAUUUUUGAUCUAAUGUGAAAUAGUUUUAUAUUACUUACUUUUGACUUUGCCACCUAAAUGGAAAAAAGUGGCCAACAUGCCGUUUUGUUGAUGUGAUGAAGCAAAAAAUAAGCAUAGUUGGGGAAUCAGUAGGACUACAACAUCAAUAUACUGGAUUGUAGUGACUAGUGAGGGCGCCACUGGGCGGUCGAUAGCUUCUUUAAUACGGAAGGUAGAGGCAAGGAACAGGAUCUCCAUAUACUUAAAAGUGUCCGACAAAAAACCAUAAAUAGGUGGCGCUACCAUACCUAGAAUACUUGAGAAAAAAAUCUAUUCAUAGACCAACCCUCCCACGUCGUCAAUAACGCCUAGGCUCUGGGGAGAUUUGGAAGUAUUAUUUAUAGCUUGAAAUCUUGAUCGCGUUAACUUUUAUUAGGUUGUGAUUGUAUGAACAAAUACCAUAUUUAUUCCUUUUUAUCGGCUACCAUGACGAAAUUAUUUACUUAUAGAACUUUUUGUAUGGACGUAAAAAAAAUGCUAACCUUAAAAUUUAAACAUAAAAGUGAACCAAUCGAAAUUUCAUUUAACCAAAUGGCUCAGAAUUUUAGAGCUAUGGUGAAACCCACGUAAUAUGAUAUUAUAAACACAAAUCCCCGAAUGAAAACAAAUGUAUUUGGGUUAUUGCCACUAGUUUCCUCAAAGUUGUUACCAGUUAAAAACUGUUUUUUUCUCAUCUGUCCCAGUGGUAACUAUUGAGAAGAAUAAUCCCAGCUGUUAACACCGAUUCACUUUGGGGGUAACUAGUGGGAUAUUUCAUUCUCCGUUGUUUGAAUGUUCAAUACUGACAAAAAAUACCUACCUAUACCUAUGUAUACUUAAAUAUUCAGUAAACUGCUAAAAAAACUGACCCAACAUAUUUAAACCAGUUUAUCGGUACAAGUAUGAAAUAAUUUUACACAAAUCAGUUUAACACGAACAAUAAAAAGCUAUUUUACAGUACAUAUGGGGCUACUUUAUAGCACUAGUGCGAGAAGUAGCAUAUUAUGUUACUGUGUCGAACAUUUAAAGGGCCAUAUGUACUGUAAAACGUUGUACGAUACAUGUGCGAAUAGGUAAUUCGCAACUCGUGUCGAUUUAAAACACUCCCUUCGGUCGUGUUUUAAUUUAUCGCCACUCGUUUCGAAUUUCCUAUUUUUCGCACUUGUAUCGUAAUGUACUAUUACAGUACAUAUGGGGCUACUUUAUAGCACUAGUGCGAGAAGUAGCAUAUUAUGUUACUGUGUCGAACAUUUAAAGGGCCAUAUGUACUGUAAAACGUUGUACGAUACAUGUGCGAAUAGGUAAUUCGCAACUCGUGUCGAUUUAAAACACUCCCUUCGGUCGUGUUUUAAUUUAUCGCCACUCGUUUCGAAUUUCCUAUUUUUCGCACUUGUAUCGUAAUGUACUAUUUAAACACACCUAGUUUACUGUCAGCUGUCGAUCUAAAACAUUCCCACUUCAUAUUUAUCAUGGUAUUUUUAUCAGUACUAAACAUUCCAAUAUUUUUGUGGUACCUAGUGGGAUUUUUUUGCUUGUUUAGGUUUUCCCAGUGGUAAAAGGUGGAAAAAAAAUCUCACUUGUAAACACUAAGGAUAACUUUGUGAUAACUAGGAAGUCAUCGAUUAUUAAAUCAGACGCUUAGGGAGAGGGAGGGGGUCAAGAAAAUAUGACAUGUUGACAGAAAAUGUGACAAGGGGGAGGGCGGAGUUAGAAACUUUGUGACUUCAUUUUUUUUUGUUUUAGAGUUAUAUAACGAGUUUUUGGAACGAUAAUCGUUUAUAUUCAUAUGCUCUUCCUCCUUAGUCGAUUUAAUGUUAUAAAAUUACUAACAUUUCUUUUAUCAAAAAUAUUUUGAUAAUAAAAUAUUAAUCAUGCCUAAGUGUGACAAGGAGGGGGGGGGGGGGGUCAGAAACCUAGAAAUUCGUGUGACGUAAUUAAUGGAUGACCCCUAGUGGAAAUAACCCAUACAUUUCUAACCUAAUAGGGCAUGAGCACUAAGUUGCUCUGAAAGUUUAAUACAUAAUAUAAUGAUGCUCUUUAAUCUCAAUGUACAUAUACUUAUUUUGUAAGUUUCUUUAAAUUAAUUAUUAUUAUACCUACUUACUUAUACUGAAAUGUUUAGAUUGUUCUGCUCCUAAUUUGUUCUCUGCUCCUGUUGAGUUACAUAUUAUUUUUCUCUAUUCUAUAAUUGGGCUACCGGAAUCUAAUUUCCCAGUUGACCGCAAUGUGGUAACUCAUUUAAAUCACUGUAAAUAGAUGAAAUUAUUAAGUACUUAUGUUAAGGUGAAUAAUUCAUUAUUGAUAGACCCAAUGAAGACAUUGUUUAAAAGUCUGAAUAUACAAAAUGGGAUUUAACGUAUCCUAAAUAUGUAAAUAAAUUUAAAUAGAGAAUUAGAUUCAAAAUAUACAUUUAUUAUAAUAAUAUAUUUAUCUUUGCAUGCUUCUAAAGCAUUUAAUGUGAAUAGGAACAGAGCAUACAAUUUUAUGCUCAUAGAGUAUUUCCUAGCAGAACUCGAAUUAAUGUCUGUAUUAUGUUAAAGCCUGCAUAUGAAUACAAGAAAAAUGUCAUUCCUCAUCAAAUUGUUAGAUAAUACAUAGUACAAGGUGCCGUAGGAUCAGAGGGCGGAGUUUUUGAAAAGUCAUACCGCUGUUUUAGAUCACAAUACGGUAGCCAAAAAUUGAAUUAGCUAUCUUGAGGAUUUUCUCUAGUGACCCCAUUAAUUCGAAUCUUGAUCUUUUGACUUUCGCUCGAUACAAAAAAAAUCACGAACAUAGGUCGAUAACGCACUUUAAAAAUGUGUAAGAAUGAAUGCAAAAAAGCUAAAAAUACGAUAUAUACUUCUUAAAAUGCGGUAUUUUAUUUUCGUGGAACUCAUCGACUACUUAUUUUUUGUAAAACAACAAAUUAAAAUUCUAAAAGAUCAUAUUCGCGGUGCUCGGGAGCAUGCACAUCCUUUCGGCUACGCUUACGCUCAGUGAGAGUAAGAGAAGGACACGAACCUGCGAGGCUUUAAUAAAAACCCGAUGCCCUGAUGGCUGACGAUUUAUAUGAUUCGAAUUUAUAUACAUAUACACACUAUAUUUUUCAUCACACUUGCCAACAAAAAAGUAUUAAGCGAAAUAAAUGAUAAAUACGGUAAAAUUACCUACGUGUAUCAUCCGCCGAUUUGUUUAUUGUUUGAUCUAAUGGCAUGAAAGGCAAAACCAUGAUUAAAAGUUGCUUGAAAACAUAUAUUUCAUCAUUAUAUCAUUCAAAAUACGUAAUAUAUGAAUAAGUGGCAUAGGUAAUUAAAAAUCUAUAACUUCCUAGGGAAUAACAUAGGCUUUAACGCCACCCCAGACUAGCGACUCCUGGGCAUCGGCGUCUUGUCAACAACACUUUGGCUGCUGCUAGACGCAACGUUGACCCAACUGCACAACGACGCCAUUUUCCAAAUUUCCAUAGCGCUGACUAGACGCUCGUCAAAAGGCCCUUAACCCUUGCGUAAAAUACCAUAAUGAGCAAGUGUAAUGAAAAGUAUGAUAUUCUUUUCUAUGUUGUUCCUUGACUGCUUAAACAACCUUGUGUGUCAGCACAUUCUAUGUACAUUGCAUUCCUUGCAACAAAACGAUGAGCAAGGCCUAAUUUAGGUGUAAAAAAAUCAAACAUGCAAUCAAUUGUAAUAAAAUAACAUAGCUUGAUAAAUUAUAACUAAAAAAUAUUUAGGUCACGAAUUCCAUAAAGAAAAAUGUAUCAUUUAUUGUUAGCAUUCUUUCGAACGAAGCUGCACGCGGUUGUUUUUUUCCUCUAAUAAAACUUCGUCGACCCGCUUAAUGAAACCACUAAGGGAAGUGAGCCUCAAAAAUUCCUUUCAGUCAUUUCAACUGCUCCUUUCCACCGAAAUAUAUAUAUACCUAUAUAAUUUAUAUAUUUUAUCAAACACAUAUCAUAAACCCUAAGAUGCUUUCAAAAUCCACAAAUAAUAUAAACUGGUUCGUUACAACAAAUUUCUUCAAUCCUAUAUCAAAAUGGAUUUGGUCAUCUCUAGAAAAAAGGAAUCUGGUGUAAUCUCUAUUCUAAUAUCAGUUGAGAUGACGUUUGGUAUCAAACGAAAUGACAAUGGGCCCCCGACUCUAGUUAGUCUCUGAAUUAAAAAAAAAAACGAAUGCGUGACAUGUCUGAAAAAAGGUUUUUCUAGUCGUCAACUGUAAUGGUUGAAUUAAGAUUCGUUUUAGAUAACUCGCAGAAAAAGUAUUGUAUACAAAUCGUGAUAUAAUGAAGCUUCUCAUCUCGUACCUUACUUAGGCAACUCAGCAAACUUUGUUGCCUAAACACAGUACUCGAAUCAAAAGUUCUAUUAUAUCACGAUUGUAUAAAAUACUAUUCACACCGCCACUUAACGUUUAUUUUUUAAUUCGUUUGUAAGUAUAAAAUUAAUUUGUGUUUUUUUUGAUUUGAACAUUAUAGUAAAACUGUCGUGUAAAUUGAGCGAUAAAAAUAUUUCGGAGCCGCCACCUCAUAUCCGCGAGUGACACCAUAGAGCAACGAUGCCCCAAUGCCGGCUCUAACACGUGGUUAGUGAAUACGUCAAAUAGUGUAUGUAACUGUCAUAAUUAGGCACUAAAACACUCGUGUGGUCGUAUUAAGAAAUUCACUGCGUUUGUUUCUAAAACUCACGCGUAUUUUAAUACCUUUCAUUAUGUAACAGUCACAUAAACUAUUAAUAUAAGCAUAUAUUUUUACAAUACCAUACGACUAGCAAUAAAUAAAUAAUCGCUAUAGGAUGAGCAUGUCGUAAGCAUUGAAUACACCGAUUAUUGACCUAUACAUGACCUUACUCUAGCUAUAGGUAGGUACAUUAAGUUUGUUCUGUGUGUGAAUUAUUUUUAGUCCUUGUUUUCUCAUUAGCGCUUGCUGUUGCAGACUGGUUACUAGUCUGGGAUUAUGAAAAUACAUAGGGGGAGUCCGAGAGACUUGCCCAAGUGGGAAGACGAACCAUUUUAUUCAAAAAGUGCCAAAAUCAAGGACAUUUUUAACGAUUCCUAUUGGGUAACACACAGGCAUAAAAAAAAAUACUUUUGGCAUUUUUUAUAGAAUUGUUCAUGUUCAUGGCUCCCAAAGCUCCGAGCUUCCCCUUAGGUACUUACUAUACGCCGUGUUUUUUUUAUUUCCGUUAAUUUCAAGGGUGCAUUCCUGAGCUUAAAUUAAGUAACUUUCUCUAAGACACCGGUAUUCUAAUUAACUCCAUUUCGGAAAUAAUCAAUAAUUUAUUUUUAUCUUAUAAGGCCCCUACGAGCGUGUACACUUGCCAUAGGGCCUGUUUACAUAUUUAUCAGUGUUUAGUAAGAGUUAAUACAUUUGCUACUAAACGUAAGUAUUAUCUCGGACGAUCGAUGUUUGAAAUGCCAUUGAUAUGUCAUAGUUUUCAAUGGUUUGGUUGACUUAAAUGUAAUGCCCCCGUUACAACAACGCUAUAUGUAACAUUUAAUUAAUUUUUAUAAAAAAUCAAUAAAUUUACCCAUGCCAUUUAGUUUCCUUAAAUGUACUUACUCAUACCCCGAAGUUAUAAGAAUUCAAUUAAAACACGGUGUAUAAUUACAUCCCCAAGCUCCAUAGUUAAAAACUUGUACUUCUGGAUUAUUUACACUACAAACUAAAUAUUAUCUUAUGCGGAAUGAAUACCCACUGAUGCGCACGACCCGAGGACUAAUAUUGUGUAGAAGAUUAAUCCUGCGAAGGAUGUUUGAGCAACGCUGUAGAUCAAAAGUCAUUUAUAAUGCGAACAACUUUUGUAUACAUUUAAAAUGUGCAUCGUGUGCGUGCGCCGCAGUGGGAUCUCGGAAUCAUAGUGUGUAUUAGUAUAAACAAAAACCUAUUCAAGAAAUAAUAUAAUAGAUGUUUAAUAAUGUACAGUAUAAUUUUACGGCCUUAACAUUUUUCAAACUUGCUCCUCUAGCAACAUUACAAAUGAUUAUUAACAUUUACAAAUCACAAAUAAGUAUCACGCUGUUUAAUAAAAUGUUUGGAAAGUAA